GUUUUUCAAAUGUUCAUGUAAUCAUUUCAGGGUCUCAUUUGCUAUCAUUAAGUUAUAUUAUAUAUCGUAUAUAGACCACCCUGCUUUCUAGACAUGCAAAGUGACCUGACCUGAUAAACUUCUGACUGCCUCUAAACCUCUGUUGUGAUGGAGUCUACAAUCGAAGCUUCAAGGAGAGCGCGUUUCUGCUGGGUAGAUGAUAUUUGAGAACGUCUAUAUCCUGGAUUUUCAUUUUGACCUUCCUCUAAAGUAUCAAAACCAAAGAAAAAAGUCUGCAGCUUGUAUUUUUCCCAGCAAGAAAAUAGGAAAGGGUUGUUUCCUCCUUUGCUUUUUCUUGUACAAGAGUGUUGUGUUUAUCUGUAAAACGUGCAUCUUCCCAGAGGGGUUUAGGGGGGUUGCACUUGAGAAUUAUUAACCUAUUUCUUUCCAACAUAAUUUUUAAGUUCAACACUGCUUAUUCUAUCAUAUGGGCCACUGGUAUAUCAGGUCAGUCUUUAUUUUGGGAUUUCAGAAAUUGGCCAAAUAUCCCUGUUUGUAUUUCCUGUUCUGGAUAUGCUCGUCCACCCCCCAUCUCUCCCCUCCUCAACACACACAUGUAUUCAUAAGCAUAUCCUCCUCUCAAACAGAACACUGUUUUAGUGUGAGCUUCAUCCUUCCAGAGCGACAAAGCCUGUCUUGUUUGUCGUCUGAGCUCACGGCGUUCACUGUCUGCCAGCCAUGCCCAGUUAAAUCACAAUGACCCUGUCAGAGAUGGGUAGCGUAAGUUUGAGUCUAGAUAGCAUCGUUUCCUAAACCUAAAUCGAUCCGUGUUAUUUCAACAACUGUUUUUAACAACAAAAUUACUGAUAAAAACUACAUUACCCAUGAUUCUGCAAAAAUAUGUCCACCAAUGAGGGAACUGAAAUGAGCAAAUCACACCAAAGAACUCUUUAGCGCCCACUCACUCCCAUGAAGCACAGUGAAUGGUGUGAACACUCUUUGCUGCUUGUAUUCCCCCACAGCUCAUCCUUAUUCCCAGGAGGCUUUGCACACCGUCAUAGCAGGAAGCAAGAGUGGGAAAAAGAAAUGGAACAAGAAGUUGCCCUCUUAGCCAGCAGGUUUGACAAAAGGCAGUAGUACGGCCAACAAGUACCAUCUAGACCUUAAAACACUUCAAGAACGCAGAAGAACUCCGUAAGACCUUCAGAAGAAGAGGAAUACUAUCACAUACUUGGAGGAAAGUAAAGAACAGCACAAAGAUGAAGUUGAAGGAGGACAUGUCUCCUCUCCUGCUGCAGGUCUUUCGAUCAGUCGUCUGGGUUUAUUCCGUCAUCACGUUCCUGCCCUGGUACCUGCUCUCCGGAGCCAGCGAGAGGCAGGCCUGUGCUAAACGGGUCAAAGCGUGCUCUGUAAGCGGGAGUCCGGCAGGGUCGUACCGGGCCGUGAACAGCCAGCAGAAAUUGGUGUCCCUGCUGCAUGAGGGUGUUAAUACUUUGGAUAAAGUAUUUGAAUACGCUGUAGUACACUUCCCUCAACGAGACUGCCUGGGCACUAGAGAGCUGCUGAGCGAGGAGGAUGAGAUACAGCCUAACGGCAAGGUCUUUAAAAAGGUGAUUCUGGGCGAUUAUAACUGGUUGUCGUAUGAAGACACUUUCCAUCUGUCUCAGAGGUUUGGUAGCGGGUUGGCUGCACUGGGCCAGAAGCCUCUUUGUAACAUCGCCAUUUUCUGCGAGACUCGUGCAGAAUGGAUCAUAGCGGCGCAGGCUUGCUUCAUGUACAACUUCCCCUUGGUGACUCUAUACUCUACAUUGGGAGGAGCAGCUAUAGCUCAUGGGCUAAAUGAGACUGAGGUUACACACAUCAUCACGAGCAAAGACCUGCUGCAGAGCCGCCUCAAGGCCAUUCUGAUGGAUGUGCCCAGACUGAAGCACAUUAUAGUGGUUGAUAAGAAGCCCAAGAGUUUGCCUGAUCUCCCCAGAGGCAUCAUGGUUCACAACGUGGCUGCUGUGCAAGAACUGGGAGCCAAACCUGAAAAUAUAAUGGUGUCCCGCAGACAGCCUGUCCCGUCUGAUAUCGCAGUGAUCAUGUACACCAGCGGCUCUACAGGCAUUCCUAAAGGAGUCAUGAUCUCCCAUAGCAACAUCAUCGCUGGCAUCACUGGCAUGGCUGAACGCAUUCCUAACCUGAAUGAGAAUGACACCUACAUUGGCUACCUGCCACUUGCUCACGUCCUGGAGCUCAGCGCUGAGCUGGUGUGUGUGUCACAUGGCUGCCGGAUUGGAUAUUCGUCACCUCAGACUCUUGCUGACCAGUCAUCUAAAAUUAAAAAGGGCAGCAAAGGAGACACCAGUAUGCUCAGACCAACACUGAUGGCAGCCGUACCUGAGAUAAUGGACCGUAUCUAUAAGAAUGUGAUGACUAAAGUUGAAGAGAUGAGCAGUGUGCAGAAAACUCUCUUUGUUCUGGCGUACAACUACAAGAUGGAGCAGAUCUCCAAAGGAUACAGCACGCCACUCUGUGACAGGCUUGUGUUCAAGAAGGUUCGCUCGUUGCUGGGCGGUAGCAUGCGUGUACUGUUGUCUGGCGGAGCUCCUUUAUCUGCAGCUACUCAGCGUUUUAUGAAUAUCUGCUUCUGUUGUCCUGUGGGACAGGGCUACGGCCUGACGGAGACCUGCGGAGCCGGGACCAUCAGCGAUUUGGCUGAUUACAGCACUGGACGUGUUGGAGCUCCUCUGGUGUGUUCAGAGAUCAUGCUGAAAGACUGGGAGGAAGGUGGCUAUUUCAGCACAGAUAAACCAAACCCACGAGGAGAGAUUCUGAUUGGUGGUCCCAACGUCACCAUGGGUUACUAUAAAAAUGAGCAGAAGAACCGAGAGGAUUUCUUUGUGGAUGUGAACGGCCAGCGCUGGUUUUGCACCGGAGAUAUCGGAGAAUUUCACCCUGACGGCUGCCUCAAGAUUAUCGAUCGUAAGAAGGACCUGGUGAAGUUGCAAGCUGGUGAAUAUGUGUCUUUGGGCAAAGUGGAGGCUGUGCUCAAAAACUGCCCACUCAUUGACAACAUCUGCGCUUAUGCCAACAGUGAGGAGUCUUAUGUGAUUGGGUUUGUGGUGCCCAAUCAGAAACAGUUAACUGGCCUUUCAGAGCAGAAGGGCAUCAGAGGAUCAUGGGAAGAGAUCUGCAACCAUGCAGAGAUGGAGAAAGAGGUUCUACGUAUCAUCACAGACGCGGCUAUAACAGGUAAACUGGAACGCUUUGAGAUCCCAAAGAAAAUCCGUCUGAGUGCAGAACCCUGGACGCCCGAGACAGGCCUGGUUACUGACGCCUUCAAACUCAAACGCAAGGAACUAAAAACGCACUAUCAGGACGAUAUCGAGAGGAUGUAUGGCGGCAAGUGAAUGAAGCCAGGCGGUGUUAUGUGGUGGUGGGGUUUAGGACACACCAUAUACCACAAUGCCUAUAUAUGAAAAAAAAACAUCCCACAAUCCUCUGCCUUCCUGCUCCAUGUGAAGCUCUGCAAUCAAAACAGGGACACACUUGAAUUUUCGUUCAGUUAUGGUUUGAUGAGAGGGAAAGGAACGACAGCGAAUGCCACCUGCUGCAGCAGGUACUAAAUAACACACUUUUUUUUCUCAGAUGAUUCACGAGAGUGAAUCCUGAAAGACAGACAACACAACCUACAGACUGUGAGACUUUUGGACCCCACCCACUUGCUUCUCUCUCAUUGGCUCUCUUUGAUAGGCACGCCCCCUCACCCCACCCUCACAUUGUUCUGCAGGCAGAUGCGCUUGAUGAUUCCACCCUACUGCGAAGCGGUCACACUGAAUUCUCAUCAAGAGUCUAUGCAGGGAAACGUUUUGUAAUUUGGCUGUAUUUUUUUUGUUGCUUAUUUCUUCGUAAGCUUUGUUCGGACCUUUGUUUUUUCAGAGACUUGUUUUGGUCUGAAACAGCUGCCAGAUUUGGAUAUGUAUGGAAUGCUUCUCUAACUGUUACAAUGUUACUUUUUCUGGAACUUUGGCAUUUGUACUUGACAUUUUGUUACUUUGAACUUCGGCUUCUGUUGUUUACCUGUAUCCAAAGGCUGUUUCUGUUGCCCUGAGUGAAAUGAACAAUGUAUUUCAGGUACUAGUGCACACUGAGGACUGUGUACCUAGAAAGAAACCAGAAAAACCUAACAAUCCAGACCAAUAGAGACCAGUAUUACACCAGAUAUCUGUUCUAAUGUAACAAAAGCAGUUGUAAUUCUGCACCAAAGCCGUUACGGAGAGCAGUCUUAAGCCAGAGACGUGCUCUAAUACUACAGAACGCUUAUACUGAUGUUGCAGAAAGUUUUUUUUGUUUUUUUUUGUCAGGGCAACUUUAACAAUAAUCCGAUUUCACAGACAGGCUCCAAAUUGUACAUUUCUAUGUCAGCGAGUUUGGCGUCAGGUCUGCAUCUGAAAGAUUCACUCCUCGUUCCUCUCUGCUCUCCCACAUAUGGGAUGUAUUACUCCAUACUUACAGCGUAUAUUUCUUUGAGCUCUGUUUUUGUCUGAAUUUGUAAAGCCUUUAAACUUAUUCCUUUCUAAAAAUGUCUUGUGAUCAUAUUAUGUCAGCCACUGUGUUGCAUGGAUGUUUUGCAAGGGAGCCAAGUGUUGCAGUGGAGUAGUUUGGGUACCUAUAAAUGGCCGUUUUCUUUUAUUAUAUUGUGAUAUUGUCAUUGUAGGAAACGAUUAGUGACUUCAACAAAGAGGAAAAGUAUGAAUUUGAAUGUGCAAUAGACUUAUGUAUUCUGAGAUACAACAAAUGAUACGCACAGUCCGGUCCCAAGAGCAUGAAUGUCUCCAGCCUCUUCGAUGUAACGGAAGAGACACAUUUAUUCUGCUUCAGACUGUGCAGAUCACUUACAUCAUUCGACAACUGAUGCAUUAUGAUUCGCAUUUGACAUUGCAUGAUUCAGGAGUUGUAAACCAAACAAAUAAGCUUCGAAUAAGAACAUAUUGUAUCGCGGCCAUUAAUAAAUGUGGCAUUUGCAAAAUCGGGGCAAAUGUUUCUAAAUCUGUACAUUUAUUCAUUAUUUAUGUGAAAAAUGUAGAUUUUUCAGCACUUAACAUUUUCAAGACGAAAAGAUCAGAACAUUUUUUUUAAUGUUUUCUUGAUUGCUUUAGAUUAAUCUUUGGUUCUAGAAACACUCCAGCUUUGCCGUCACAACAUAAUUCUCUUUACUGAAAGUAUUUUGUUUGUGUUUUAUUAUUAUUUUGGUUUGUCCUAAAAGGAACUGAAGGCAAAUGGUGUUCCUAAACUAGACAACUCUGCCUUUCCUGUGCUCAAUGGAGGAUGUUGAUUGCCUUUUUUACACAGUGGAAAUUAAAAGUGGUUUAUAGGAAAUUA